AUGCAUUUCGCUGCUCGCCGCGUCGCCGGCGCCGGCGCUGCGAGCGCUGCGCUCUGGUACGUCGCCGCGGCGCCGCAGGAGGACCGGCGCGCGCAGGAGGAGGAGUCCUGCCGCAAGCUGGGGCUCAUGCUGCCGACCGAGGCGCAGCGCACGGCCGUCGCGCGGAUCCCCGGGUUUCUCUCGGCGCGCGAGUGCGACGACGUCCGCGACGUCGUCCGCGGCCUGAAGUGCGCGACGAUCGAGCGGUCCGCCGGCGGGCAGCACGUCUUCAUGGGCCCCUGGACGACGACGUACUUGCACACGGACGACCAGUUCCGCCAGCGGCUCGGCGGGCUGCGGAGCCGGCUGCUCGCCGCGGCCGUCGCCGUCGACGGCCGGGAGCGCUGGGGGCAGCUGGACGAGACGGCGGACGUCAACUUCCGCACGGCCGAGUACCACCAGUACCAGCCCGGCGGCGGCCUCCGGGACGCGCGCCACUACGACGCCGGUUCGUUGAUCACGAUGGACCUCAUGCUCGCGGCGCCGGGCG